AUGGGCAGUCGUUGCCUAGUCGUCUAUAUGUCCUCAUGUGCGAAUGAGUUGUCGCCCAGUAGCCAGUCCUUUCUAAAGCCACCGCUCCUCGGCCUGUCGAAAGUGCCAAUGUUCCUGAGGAUGGGCGAAUCUCUGCAAAUCUACUUCAGCGUCAAAGAUGGAAGCAGCCUCCUUCUCAAGACGCAAAUAGGCCGCAGUCAAUUCUGCCAAUCCAACGAACUUUAA